GCAGCUGCUGGGGGCGAGAUGAAGCUGAGCAGCGAAGCGCUGCCCCGGAGGCGCAGCUCCGAGCCUGUCCUGCAGACCAUCUCCAGGACCUUCAGCGACUCCGAGCUGAACAAGCAGCAAGGGGCGGAGAUAGGGAACUAUAGCCAUACCGCUUUGUUUGCAAGGGCAGAGGAGCUGUUGGCGAAGAGGAUCAUAGAUGGAGAUCCUCUGGCAUAUUUUCUACAAGGGCAGCUGUACUUUGAAGAGGGGUGGUAUGAUGAAGCACUUACACAAUUUGAAAAAAUUAAGGAGACGGAUUUUCAAGCUCUGUAUCAGCUGGGUGUAAUGUAUUAUGAUGGAUUGGGGACCAAAGAAGACCCAGAAAAAGGAGUGGAGUACAUGAAAAUAAUCAUCAACUCUAACGCUCCUAAAGCAAGACAUUUAAAAUAUGCUGCUGCAUACAAUCUUGGCAGAUCUUAUUUUGAAGGAUGCGGUGUUAAGCAUUCAGAUAAAGAGGCUGAAAGGCUGUGGAUUAUUGCUGCAGACCAUGGGAAUCCAAAGGCAAGUGUAAAGGCUCAAAGUACCCUGGGAAUGUUUUAUUCUACAUCAAAUCCAAAAGAUCUGAAAAAGGCAUUUUUCUGGCAUUCAGAAGCUUGUGGCAAUGGAAGUCUGGAGUCACAGGGUAUACUUGGUGUUAUGUAUCUCUAUGGACAAGGCAUAUGUCAAAAUACAAAGGCUGCUUUGGAGUGCCUGAAGGAAGCAGCAGAACGUGGAAAUGUCUAUGCUCAAGGCCAUCUUGUGGAGUAUUACUACAAAAGAAAAUGUUACACAAAAGCUGCUGCAUUUGCCAGAAGGAUUGCAGAAAACGAUAACAUUGAUAUGUUAGCAAAGAUAACCGAUUGCCUUCCUGUAUACAUAACCAAAGGGGUUGCUAUGGCUACUUUCUACUUUGCUAGAUGUCUCCAGCUUGGCCUAGGCAUACAACAAGAUCAAGUUGCAGCUAAAAAUUAUUAUUCUAGGGCAUGCCUCCUGGAUCCUGAUGUAGCUUCUGACCUUGAAUUGGCAGCUAAUCAUGGGAGAAUUUAGAAGAUUUCACAUUUAGGCAAAUCCCAGCCGUUUCCAAUGCUGUAUAAUACGUUUCACAUAGUAGGCCAUAUUUAUCCUUAGCAGCUAGGUAGAUAACCACCUAUUUUUUUGUUUUUUCAGCUUUCUAUAAAUCAUGAGAAUUAUGCAGUUUUUGUUGAUUAGAACAAAGAACAUUUUGCUGACAGUGAUUUUUUGUUCACAAUCCUUACUUUACUUACAUAUUGUAGAGGCAGAUUAUCUUCCUUUUUUCAUUAUACAGAAGGCUUAAUCAUCAUGAACUGGGCAUUUUACUGACAUAUCCACCUGCGUUUCUUACUUCAACUCUGCUCUAGAUGGUAUACAAAUCAAGCUAAAAUCAACUUGUUAAAAGAAAUCAUUGUUAAUGUCAAUUUCCUUUACUUACAAAUAUUAAAGAUCUGCAGAGUCAAAGUUA